AUAGGUCUGUCAAAAUUCGAAGCAGUGUUUUGCUCAAAAUUGGGAGGCACACGAAAACACAACUACUUUUCUCCGGGGCACAAUCAACGAGGUUGGAGACAAACAUGCAAAGUGCCCCACUCUAAGAGUCGCGAUGCUAUUAAAAAUUCUACGUAAAUAUGGCACAUUGAACCACUUGGUCGGCAACCACCAUCACCAUCACCAUCCCCAUAACAACCAUUCCCGAAAUCCGCGUUGCGGAUGCGGAUGUGGAGUCUUUCCCGGAAGUUGUCGUGAGUUACACGACUGGGAUCGGCAGAGCGCGGCGAACGACCAGCGUCGGAAGACCAUCCCAAAGCUGGUCUACCUGCACAAUCCGUGGAAAUAUCUGGUGACCAAGAUCAAUCUGUGGAAGCUGAAGUGGCUGUGGGAUCGGGACUUCAGUGAGCCGGACUUCUUGGAGGGCGCCAAGCAGGCGGCGAUCGUGAUGACGGACAUCAUCCGGCAGCAGAGUGCGGACAAGAUCAGCGAGUAUACGACUCCGGUGGGGUUCCAGCAGAUCACCCGGGACAUGCUGCUCUCGCGGAACGACACCCGCCUCCAGCUGGUGAGAUUCGAAAGGGAACACCUACGGCGGGCGAUUCCCAUGAAGGUGGCCACGCGGCAGAACUUCGGCAGGAAAUACGCCUUCAUAGACAUGCUCUUUGUGGGCCUACGGAACACCAAAGACUUCAACACGGCCAGCGAAGUGGUGGAGGUCAGCGAGAUCAUCCGCCGGAUGGACAACGAACUUAAGACCCCGCCGGAAGUGGUGGCAGUUCCGCAUCGGAUUGUGUUCGCUGAGAUCUUCAUUCGUUUCAGGAGAGACUACACGGCUGACGCAAGACGAGCUGUUAAGGCAAAUGGUCCACAAGCCCACAAUUUCCCCUUCAAUUCACAGUUCAAUGCACCUACAACUCCAACGAGUAUGGCCAAUACUAAGCCACCCCAAGAACACUUCAUACAAUCAGCACUGGAUCCCAUGAGAUCCACCCAGAAUCCGUCCAUGACGGCUCUUCCACCUAACACAAGAAUCCUACCGCGCAUGGACGAUGUGGGCUGGUCGGUGUCCUUCUACAAGAUCCUGACCUUCGACGUCCUCAACUACGAUCCGCAGUCCAGCAGAAACCAGCAACACCAAACCCACUAAAAGCCUUAGUGUUAGGGUAAUCAUUGAUCAAAAAUACCCCGAAAUUCAAACCCGUUAGUGGAGUGGAAACAAUAAUGAUCGGCUACUUUUAUGUACAAUUUGGUUUCAACUUACAAUAAAUACAUUUAGGAUUUGUCGUUUUCUCGAAAA